GGUGGAAAAAGGAGAAGGGUGUUGGGCCUGGCGGGAGUGCUGAAGGUUGUGGGCGACUGGGCUGCUCUCCUGGGCGGUGUCCGAGGAGCUGCCGGCCGAGUCGCCCUGUCGUCCUGGGCUUCCGCCACCCUCUGGGAGUUGUCCGAGCACGUGGGGUCCACUAGCGAGACCCUUAGGACGGUGCUAUGGGCUGCUGCUUCUCUAAGAGACGGAAGAGUGAGAAGGAGUCGAAGGCUGAGGCAGUGGAGGAGCAGCCCAAGCUGUACAGCUGGGACCAGCGGGAAAAGGUUGACCCAAAAGAUUACAUGUUCAGUGGACUGAAGGAUGAAACAGUAGGUCGCUUACCUGGAAAAGUGGCAGGACAACAGUUUGUCAUUCAAGACUGUGAAAACUGUAACAUCUAUAUUUUUGAUCACUCAGCUACCAUUACCAUUGACGACUGCACCAACUGCAUACUUUUUUUGGGACCUGUGAAAGGCAGUGUAUUUUUCCGAAAUUGUAGAGAUUGCAAGUGUACAUUAGCUUGCCAACAAUUUCGUGUGAGGGACUGUAGAAAGUUGGAAGUCUUUCUGUGUUGUGCCACUCAACCCAUUAUUGAAUCUUCCACAAAUAUCAAGUUUGGAUGUUUUCAGUGGUACUACCCUGAAUUAGCAGCCCAAUUCAAAGAUGCAGGGCUCAGUAUCUUCAAUAAUAUAUGGAGUCAUGUUCAUGAUUUUACACCUGUGUCAGGAGAACUCAACUGGAGCCUUCUUCCAGAAAAUGCUGUGGUUCAAGACUAUGUUCCUAUUCCAACUACUGAAGAAUUCAAAGCUGUACGAAUUUCUACAGAAGCCAAUAGAAGCAUUGUUCCCAUAUCCUGGGGUCAGAGACAGAAGGACAGCGAUGAGUCAUGCCUAGUGGUAUUAUUUGCUGAUGAUUAUACAACUGCAAAUGCCAGGAAAUUAAUUGAUGAGAUGGUUGGUAAAGGGUUUCUCCUAGUGCAGACAAAGGAAGUGUCAAUGAAAGCUGAAGAUGCUCAAAGGGUUUUCCGAGAAAAAGCAUCUGACUUUUUUCUUCUUCUGAACAAAGGUCCUGUGAUUGCCUUGGAAUUUAAUGGAGAUGGUGCUGUAGAAGGAUGUCACCUUAUCAUAAAUGAGAUAUUCAACGGGACAAAGAUGUUUGUAUCAGAAAAGAAGGAGACAGCAUCUGGAGAUGUUGACAGCUUCUAUAACUUUGCUGAGAUACAGAUGGGGAUUUGAAGCAGACUGUGGUAUUAAGCCCUUUCUAAUCUUUAUAGAGAGAGUUUGAUAAAAUACUUAUGUAUAUUAGUCCUAGGCCAUUAGUAAUUUUUAACUAAUGCUAAAAUUGUUAAAGCCUAUUUUUAAAUAACUCUUUGAAUACCAUAUCAUUCACUUGAAGGUCUAAAAUAGUUCAUUUAAAUUAAGUAAUUUUAGUCAUCUUAUAAACGAUUUAACCCCUUCAAUGAGCUUUCAGUUUUCUUUUUAUAUAAUAUUCUUAUUAGAAAACAGAAGUGGCUACCAGUUCACAAUUUUAAUAUUAAUUAAAAAUUCUUUCAAAUCUCUGAUAAUUUAAACUUUCCUUAGUACUCUAUAGCAUUCAUUUGAUAGUGUAUCUUGUUACUUAUUUUCUCUUUUUAUUUAGAGGAAUUUGUUACUAGAUAAUAAUUAAAUAAACUUAUGUACUUUUAAAAUGCAUAUCCAGUUAAAUAAUUAUUUUCUUCUUGCAUUAUAUAACUAGUGAGAUUUUGUACAUGGAGUUGACAUACUAUUUUGUAAAUUGAUAAUUUUUAAAGAAAUGGAAAUUUGAAAGCUGAAUGUGGUAGUGCCAUCUGUAGUCCCAGGUUACUUGGGAUCCUAAAGUGGAAGAAGCUCUGGAGCUCAGGAGUUCAAAACUAUCCUUGACAACAUAGUGAGACCCUAUUUUAAAAGAAAGAAAAAAAAACUAAGAUAUUUGAUAAUCAGCUUUGCAUAUACUUCUUACUGAUGCUGACAUUGCCAUUUUAAGAACUAACUUCUUCAUAAGUUGUAUUGCUCUUUUUAAAAAUACAACUGCCAGAUGAUUCUUGUUUCCUAGUAAGAAAAAGCCUAUGCAAUAUAAAACUAUAGAACCGCAAUCACCAGCAGAUUUGACAGAAGUGAUCACUGUCUGAUAGCUCUUGUGACUAGCAAGAGACCUAGAGCAAAACCUGUGACUUUUAGGUAAGAAAUACUUUUGGGUAAGGUCUGAUGAUAAGCUAGGCAGAUUUUUCAAGAUCUCCAUACAUUUUUUACUCAUGUAAAGUCAUGUUCAAGUAUGAUAAAAAUUUUGGUAACCUGAAAUCAUUAUUUCUCAAAUCCAUUUAAUCACAGUAAUUUUCCAGGAGGUAUAGGAAUUGUUCAAAAAUACACAUUGGUGGUUCCAGUCUUCAGAUGCACAGAUUGUUUUCAAGGGAAACUGCUUUAGGUAGGGGUGUCACCUAAACUAAUCAGUUCUGAAGGUGUUAAUAGGUUGGGCUUACCACAUUUAGCAACAAGCAGGGGCAGCUUUCUUAAGCCUAUUUAAAGGAAUCGGAAACUAUUUUUAUAAAACUAAGACUGAAAAUGGCCACUUAUAAAAAUUCCUCUUAUGGUUGUUACUAAAAGUGUAUUUUCAUGUUUAAAAUGCUUUAAAUCAACUUAUAACUACCUGUUGAACUGUUAAUGUGUAGAAAUAAUACUUUGUUAUGCUAAAUUAAUAAUACCGAACACCUACACUGUGCCUAGCCUUGUGCUGACUGUCAUCAUUUGAGCAUUUCUUUUAUAAAAGCAUCGUGUUCUACAAAGUCAAUAUGAUCUCAUGAGGUACAAAUAAAAACUUCUGGCAGGUAUAAUAUAAUAGAAUUUCUGUCAUAUUUUACAAAUGAUCUUUACAAAUUGUGGUCAGAGGCAUUAACAUUUCCCUGAGCUAAGCUAAAGUAAAUGCAUUCUUUUCUGUCUUGGUUAUUAAAUGUUAUUAUUCACAUUUAAAAUAAUCUCAAUACUUGUUUUUUUUUCAGAACUAAAAUGCAAUGUUAUACAAAGCUAUACAUUAAGUUUUUUAUCUUAUCUGUAACGUUGUGCAAAAACUCAGGAAUAUAAUGUAAAGGAGACAUUAAGAUUUUUCCACCAAAUUUAGCCUGUUAAACAAAGCCUAAAAUUUUCUAUUCAGUUAGAUAAGAACUUUUAUUGAUGUUGACUAUUUACUGACAUUAAUAAUUGUCAGUUGACUGUUGAAUAUUUGAAAGAUUUUUAAAAUAAGUAGUUCUGUGUUAGUUGUUUCUGUAAUUCUAAACUUCGAUAGUAAUCAUGAUAUACUAACUACAUUUCAUUUCUGAGUAGUUUUUAAAUUUAUGAAAAAUAAAUAGCAAUGAAAAUGAUUUUUAUUGUCAUAUUUGUUUAAACAUCUUAUUAGUUUACUUGCAUUAAUAGUACUGCUAUUUUUCUUUUGGGUCUAUAUAUUUAUGUGUAGCUUUUAUAUGUAAAUUUAUCUAGUGUUUAUAAAAUGUGCUUUGCAAUAAAUGUUAAAAUUAAAAUGGCUCAACACUAACUUUUUGAAGAGUACUUCUAUAUUUUAUACAUGCACCAAAAUUUGAUGCAGUUUUUAUUUUCCUUUUGGGUGUUUUGUUACACAAUUUUUAAUUUUAAAAACAAAAUAAAGUAGUUUAAUCUAUGUGUCAUAUUAGUGAGAAACUAACUAUAUGCUGAGUGAGUGUAUAUGUAUUUGAUGUAUAUAUGUGCAUGUUUAUAAAUGCAAGGUACUCUGAAGAAAUAAAAAGGAAGAAACAUAUUUUAAUAUAAGGAAUUUCUAUCAUAAUGUUUUCUUUGGUAAAAUAAGUCACAUUUUAUUAUGACUGAAUAUUUGCUAAGAUUAGGCAUCUUUCUCUUCCAUAGUAAAAAAAAAAAGCUGUGUGUAGCAUAUUCAGUUGUAAUCCCAGCACUUGGAAAUUCAAGGCCAGCGUAGGUUAUGCAUUGAGUUCCAGGAAGACCUGGGCUACAUAGUGAGAGCCUCUCAAAAAAUAAAGAAUUGUAAUAAACUUUCUUUCAGAUUUAUAAAAGUAGAUGAUAUUUUUAAUUGUCAAAUUUACCAGUUUUUAUACUUCUUUCCUAGCUCAUAAAACAAAUACUGAAAGUGCAAGUUAGUUUUAAAAGAUAUAACAUUAUGUUUAUUUCCACUUAUAAAGGUUCUGCAAGCACAGUAAGAACAUUCGGAGCAUUGGGAACAAGCAGAAAUGACAACACAAUAAUAAAAUUACUUCCUAUUGGAUAAUUC